CCGCCCACAAGAGGCUGUGGGCCCUUUAACACUCCCGAUGUUGCCUAGGUAGCAUUAGCAUUAGCAUUAGCAUGUGAACAUCUCCGGAUUCUUCGGUCGCUCUCCUCCUGUUCUCCCGGACUUCCACCCACCGAGUCUCCUCCGUGACCCACUCAGGACGAGUCAGCACUGACCUGCAGGUUCCUUCUUGUUGUGUGAUGACAGCUUCACUGCAGCACUGGGACAUGUCCACCAUCCGUGUUAGGAAGAUGAGCGGCAGCACCGAGGAGGUCCAGGCCGUGAGCUGCAGCAUCAAACCACCGGUCUACCUGCAGAUCGGAGACACCAGAACAGAUGCAGCUCACUCUGGUAUCUGUGUGGUGGACGUCUCCCUGCCCUUUGGAAAGCCUGUCAGUAUUGAAGAAAUCUCCUUUAAGAAUUACUACACAGCCUCGGUGAGUGUGCGCCUGUUGAGGAGGGGCCCCGGGCAGGAGGCCCCAGCCAAGUGGUGCACGGCUCUGAGAGACCUGUCCCUAAUGAACAACCCCCACACCGAGGGGGGCUCCCAGGACUUCUAUUCCAUCCACAGGACUCAGAUGAUGGAGGAGCCUGAUCAUGUGGUGUCUGUGCGACUGAUCCUGAGACAGCCGUCCUCCGCCUGGUUGACCUUCAGCCUUGAAGACAUCAAAAUAUUCCCCCACACGGAGCCGGAUCCAGAGAAGGAGGUUUCUGAUUGGCUGUCUGACCUGACCCUGGGCGACCAACACCCCGACCUGGAGGGCCUCCCCGACCCUCAGACCGUCUCUUCCAGCAUCCAGCAGAUGUGGGCGCUGACUGAGGUGAUGCAGACCAAUCAGACGACGGCGUGCAUCGGACGAUUUGAUGUGGACGGAUGCUACGACAUCAACCUGCUGUCUCUGACGUGACGUCUUCAUCGAGCGCCCGCCUGCACAGGAAGUUCACCUCAUGGAGAACAACAGUAAAAGAAGGAAUAAUGUUGAAGACGAAUAGAAACAACUGUGUAAUGUACAACAUCUUCAGAGAAAAACAAGUUUCAUGUUGUAACUGAUAAGAUUCAGACGUCUGCUUUGUUCUAUACAGUUCAAAUAAACACGUACCAUACAAAGAGUGUGUUAAACAUCAGUCUGUUAUUUUGUAUUAUUUUCAGUGUGUGUAUUAACUGCACCUACAUCUCAACUGAUGUAAUUAUUUAUUGACCUGAAGAGUGUGUGAGUGACACAUCUGUCGUCCUGCAGUGUGUUUGUAAUAUAGAGUAAUCUGAUUACUGCCACUGGCUGACAUAUUGUUUAUAUGUAAAGAAGUUUUACUGAAUCUGAUUCGUGGUGAAAACAUCAAGACUUUGAAAUGUUCUUUUGAAAAUAAACAAAGAAAAGGUUA